AGGGACCGGAAGUGCUUAAUGCGGACCAAGAUGGCGGACCUUGAUUCGCCGCCGAAGUUAUCAGGGGUGCAGCCGUCGUCUGAGGGGGUGGGAGGUGGCCGCUGCUCCGAAAUCUCCGCUGAGCUCAUUCGCUCCUUGACAGAGCUGCAGGAGCUGGAGGCUGUAUACGAACGGCUCUGCGGCGAGGAGAAAGUGGUGGAGAGAGAGCUGGAUGCUCUUUUGGAACAGCAAAACAGCAUUGAAAGUAAGAUGGUCACUCUCCACCGAAUGGGUCCUAACCUGCAGCUGAUUGAGGGAGACGCAAAGCAGCUGGCUGGAAUGAUCACCUUUACCUGCAACCUGGCUGAGAAUGUGUCCAGCAAAGUUCGUCAGCUUGACCUGGCAAAGAACCGCCUCUAUCAGGCCAUUCAGAGAGCUGAUGACAUCUUGGACCUGAAGUUCUGCAUGGAUGGAGUUCAGACUGCUUUGAGGAAUGAAGAUUAUGAGCAGGCUGCAGCCCACAUUCAUCGCUACUUGUGCCUGGACAAGUCAGUCAUUGAGCUCAGCCGACAGGGCAAAGAGGGGAGCAUGAUUGAUGCCAACCUGAAAUUGCUGCAGGAAGCUGAGCAACGUCUCAAAGCCAUUGUGGCAGAGAAGUUUGCCAUUGCCACCAAGGAAGGUGAUCUGCCCCAGGUGGAGCGCUUCUUCAAGAUCUUCCCACUGCUGGGUCUGCAUGAGGAGGGAUUAAGAAAGUUCUCAGAAUACCUUUGCAAGCAGGUGGCCAGUAAAGCUGAGGAGAAUCUGCUCAUGGUGCUGGGGACAGACAUGAGUGAUCGGAGAGCUGCAGUCAUCUUUGCAGAUACACUUACUCUUCUGUUUGAAGGGAUUGCCCGCAUUGUGGAGACACACCAACCAAUAGUGGAGACCUAUUAUGGGCCAGGGAGACUGUAUACGCUGAUCAAAUAUCUGCAGGUGGAAUGUGACAGACAGGUGGAGAAGGUGGUAGACAAGUUCAUCAAGCAAAGGGACUACCACCAGCAGUUCCGGCAUGUUCAGAACAACUUGAUGAGAAAUUCUACAACAGAAAAAAUCGAACCAAGAGAACUGGACCCCAUCCUGACUGAGGUCACCCUGAUGAAUGCCCGCAGCGAGCUCUACUUACGCUUCCUCAGGAAGAGGAUUAGCUCUGAUUUUGAGGUGGGGGACUCCAUGGCCUCGGAAGAAGUGAAGCAAGAGCACCAGAAGUGUCUGGACAAACUCCUCAAUAACUGCCUUUUGAGCUGUACCAUGCAGGAGCUAAUUGGCUUAUAUGUUACCAUGGAGGAGUACUUCAUGAGGGAGACUGUCAAUAAGGCUGUGGCUCUGGACACCUAUGAGAAGGGCCAGUUGACAUCCAGCAUGGUGGAUGAUGUCUUCUACAUUGUUAAGAAGUGCAUUGGACGGGCUCUGUCCAGCUCCAGCAUUGACUGUCUCUGUGCCAUGAUCAACCUCGCCACCACAGAGCUGGAGUCUGACUUCAGGUGGAACUCAUGCACAGCAGCCCCAGCAAGGGCAAAAUUUGACACAAAAGGCAUCGAGGGUACUGACGAGGCGAAGCUGUCCUUCCUGGUGACUCUGAACAACGUGGAAGUCUGCAGUGAAAACAUCUCCACUCUGAAGAAGACACUGGAGAGUGACUGCACCAAGCUCUUCAGCCAGGGCAUUGGAGGGGAGCAGGCCCAGGCCAAGUUUGACAGCUGCCUUUCUGACUUGGCCGCCGUGUCCAACAAAUUCCGAGACCUCUUGCAGGAAGGGCUGACGGAGCUCAACAGCACAGCCAUCAAGCCACAGGUGCAGCCUUGGAUCAACAGCUUUUUCUCCGUCUCCCACAACAUCGAGGAGGAAGAAUUCAAUGACUAUGAAGCCAAUGACCCUUGGGUACAACAGUUCAUCCUUAACCUGGAGCAGCAAAUGGCGGAGUUCAAGGCCAGCCUGUCCCCGGUCAUCUACGACAGCCUAACCGGCCUCAUGACCAGCCUUGUUGCCGUCGAGUUGGAGAAAGUGGUGCUGAAAUCCACCUUUAACCGGCUGGGCGGUCUGCAGUUUGACAAAGAGCUGAGGUCACUCAUUGCCUACCUUACCACGGUGACCACGUGGACCAUCCGAGACAAGUUUGCCCGGCUCUCCCAGAUGGCCACCAUCCUCAAUCUGGAGCGGGUGACCGAGAUCCUCGAUUACUGGGGACCCAACUCCGGCCCAUUGACGUGGCGCCUCACCCCUGCUGAAGUGCGCCAGGUGCUGGCCCUGCGCAUAGACUUCCGCAGUGAAGAUAUCAAGAGGCUGCGCCUGUAGCUGCCUGGGUGAACACACCUGGCUCAUCACACUUCCGGGCCUGUUCCCGAAGGGGCCCCAGCCAAGGAGCUGAGCGAGACUGUCUGACUUGGGGGAGAUCUGACAGCCCAGACCUUUCUACAGCUGGCAGCAGAGAAACAAGGUCUGGACCCCCUCCAUGCUCUGCCCUCAGGCCUGGCCAGGUGAUGCUCUGGGGGCAGCGUCUCCCCACCAAGAGAAGCGGGCUCCUAAUGAGGUAGGAAAGCCACGGCAGGCAGCGGGCAGCCCAGGCCAGCUUUCUGCGUGGAUGGUCAGUCUCUUGCCCUCAAACACUACAGCAAACAAGCUACCCUGCCAGCCCUAGACAACUUGGGUACAUCUGGGGACCUAGCAGUUAGGCUUGACUUCGAGGAAAGGCUGUGAAGUUUAUGAUCCCUGAAUAAAGCUACCCCUUGGAGAGA